AUGGCGUCCGCCGGACGGUCGCUCCUCUACGGCCUGCUGGUGCUGGUGCUGGCCCUCCUCUGCGGCGGCGCUCUGGCGGCUCCGCCGAAGCGCUACCUCUCCGUCAGCCUCGACCAGGUGGUCGCCUCCAAGGCUCGAGCCCAGUGCUAUGAUCCCUCCUCGUUUUCAGGCGAGACUUCUGGCAACAAGUUCGCCAUCCAUCCAUCUUGCAGCACGGCCGAGCAGGCGGGACGCAAUCGCGACAUCGCCAACCACGACAGAGCCCGACUGAGCACCAUCCGCCAAAGGUCUUACCCUUCAGCCAUGCCUCCGAUGGCCAUGCCUCCGAUCCCUCCGUUCAUUUUCCCGCCAAGCCCCACACCAGGUUCAGCACCAGCAAAGGGCAUGCCUCCGAUGUUACCAGUCAUCGCCUUCCCUCCGAUGUUCUUUCCGCCAAAUCCCGCACCAUCAGAGGGGAUGCCUCCAGUCCCAGCCGUAGCCUUCCCUCCGAUAUACUUCCCGCCGGCCCCUGCACCAGCGGAGGGGCCGUCCGUCACCAUCCCGGACGUGCCGGGGACCAGCGGCUACAACAUAACGGAGUUCAUCGUCAUAGUUGGCUUCGGCACGCCGCCUCAGCCAUCUGCUCUGCUGUUCGACACCGGCAGCGACCUGUCGUGGGUCCAGUGCCAGCCGUGCGCCGCCGGACACUGUUACCAACAACGCGACCCGCUUUUCGACCCGACCAAAUCCUCCACCUACGAAGUCGAGAUGCUGACGUUCUCCUCAUCGCGUACCUUCUCCAGCUUCCCGUUCGGAUGCGGCACCACCAACCUGGGCGACUUUGGCAGCGUCGACGGGCUGCUUGGCCUUGGCCGUGGCCAGCUUUCGCUGGCCUCGCAAACGGCGUCCUCCUACGACGGCACCUUCUCCUACUGCCUGCCGUCUCACAACAUGUCGAGGCCCGGGUUCCUCAGCAUCGGCGCCGCCCCGGACACCGGCAAGGUCCAGUACACGGCGAUGAUCAAGAAGCCGGAGUACCCGUCCUUCUACUUCGUGGAGCUCGCGUCCAUCAACAUCGGUGGCUACGUCCUGCCGGUGCCGCCAUCCGUGUUCACCAGCAAGGGCACCCUGCUCGACUCCGGCACCACCCUCACGUACAUCCCCUCGAAGGCCUACGCCUUGCUCCGCGACCGCUUCAAGUUCACCAUGAAGGGGAAUAAGCCGGCGCCGCCCUUCGAAGAACUCGACACCUGCUACGACUUCUCCGGCCAGAGCGCCAUCGUCAUACCGGGGGUGUCGUUUAACUUCAGCGACGGAGCCGUGUUCGACCUCGACUUCUACGGGAUCAUGAUGUUCCCUGAUGAGGUAGCGCAGCCGGCCUACGGGUGCCUCGCGUUCGCGGCGGGCGAUGAUGAUUCCUUCUCCAUCAUCGGCAACACGCAGCAGCGUUCCGCCGAGGUGAUCUACGACGUUGCAGCUGAGAAGAUUGGUUUUGUUCCCUUCAGUUGCUGAUUUCCUUCCUGGUAGAAAAGAAGUGACCCACGCGUAUCGAUCGCCACUCUAUGUCCUACCGGCUGCAUGUGUUAGUAUCGUGUACUCCCUCUGUAAACUAAUAUAAGAGCAUUUAGAUCAUUACUUUAGUAUUCUAAACGUUUUUAUAUUAGUUUACGGAGGGAAUACUUUUUAUCGAUUUCCAACUAUGA